AUCGUGCUGCCAAAGUUGAGUUUUCUCUUCUUCCCUUGCAGUUGCCGUCCUCAGGAGGAGUUAGUUAUAACAGAUGGACGCCCCAGCUACGCCCAAAGAGAGUGAGGCCGUAGCUAUGCCAAACGACCCAGAAGCCCCAGCGAUGCCUGAGGACACUGACGUUGAUUCAUCUGGAAAUAUUGGACUUAAGAGCCCCUUUCAUCUUUUUUUCAUGGAUGCAAGGAGUAUUUUUAAGAAGGAUGAGCUGGGCUUGGAGAUUGCACGGAUUGCAAUACCUGCUGCUCUGGCUUUAGCAGCUGACCCUAUUGCUUCUCUAAUAGACACAGCAUUCAUCGGCCAUAUAGGUCCAGUAGAGCUUGCUGCUGUGGGAGUUUCAAUUGCUAUAUUUAAUCAAGUAUCAAGGAUUGCUAUCUUCCCACUUGUUAGUAUUACAACAUCCUUUGUUGCUGAGGAAGAUGCUCUCUGUAAGACAAUGGCAAUUGAAAAACAAGAAAAAGAAACCAUGGAAAAGGCUUUACCUACAAACAGUGAAAUGAAAGAGUUGACUCCAAAUGCUGCAGCAGAUUCUGAUAAGGUUGAUGCUAACUCAUUCCUUACUGGGAAAAAAAAUCAGACCACAUUUGGGUAUGGGAAAAGGAAUAAUGGGAAAAGACAUAUUCCAUCAGUAUCAACAGCACUGGUUAUUGGUGGAAUGCUUGGCCUUAUCCAAGCCAUUUCUCUCAUUUUUGGUGCAAAAAUCUGCUUAAACCUCAUGGGUGUGCACUCGGAUUCCCCUAUGCUAUCCCCUGCCCGACGAUACUUGACAUUGAGGUCGCUCGGUGCUCCUGCCGUUCUUUUAUCUCUGGCCAUGCAAGGAGUUUUUCGAGGAUUCAAGGAUACAAAAACUCCUCUAUAUGCUACAGUGGCAGGAGAUGUUACAAAUAUCAUUUUAGACCCAAUUCUUAUAUUCGUCUGCCGCUUAGGUGUCAGCGGGGCAGCCAUUGCCCAUGUUGUCUCUCAGUACCUAAUUUCACUGAUACUGUUAUUGAGGCUAAUGCAAAAGGUUGAAGUCUUGCCUCCAAGUUUCAAAGAACUGCAGUUCAGUCGGUUUCUUAAAAAUGGGUCUCUAUUGCUAGCGAGGGUAAUAGCUGUAACAAUCUGUGUCACUCUGGCUGCAUCUUUGGCUGCACGCCAAGGAUCGAUUUCCAUGGCAGCAUUUCAGAUCUGCUUGCAGAUUUGGUUGACAACAUCUCUUCUUGCUGACGGGUUGGCUGUUGCGGCACAGGCAAUACUUGCAUCCGCUUUUGCCCGAGGAGAAAAAAGCAAAGCAAUAGCCACCACAUCUCGAGUAUUGCAGUUGAGCAUUGUUCUGGGAUUUUUCCUGGCCGUCUUCCUUGGUGUUGGCAUGCAGUUCGGAGGGGGAAUAUUUACAAAGAACGCCGAAGUGUUGCGACUCAUGCAUAUAGGCAUCCCGUUUGUUGCCGCUACCCAACCAAUCAAUUCAUUGGCAUUUGUUUUGGAUGGGGUCAACUUUGGAGCAUCAGAUUUUGCAUAUACUGCUUACUCCAUGGUCAUUGUGGCUAUUAUUAGCAUUGGGAGCUUGUUUCCUCUCUCUUUAAGUAAUGGUUUUGUUGGAAUCUGGAUCGCUUUGACUAUCUAUAUGAGUCUUCGCACAUUUGCUGGUUUUGGAAGGAUUGGGACUACGACUGGACCUUGGAGGUUCCUCCGCCAUUGACUAUUUUCGCUCUCUGUGCUAAUAAAAGUAGUUUGAUUUAGAUUUUCACUUUCACUCACCGGAAUGUUUGUUUGAUUUUGGUCUGUAUUUUUCUUCCACGAUAUAUAUACAUAUACAUAUCAUGCUGUGGCUCGAGUUUUUUAAUCUU